UCUGCACCUCGCUCGUCUCGGCUCACUCAAUAACGCUAUUACCUGCACAUUCAACUGCUGAUUUCCCCGAUAUAUUGAUUCGUAACUAGCCAUCCAAAAGAUGGGAUCCCUCAUUCAACAGCUGCUAAGGUGUAGAAGGCGAGGAGGCAUCGUACCUGUUUUAACAGCUACUUGUAACAUAAGUACAGACUCUUUGAGAACUGUAUCUGCAUUAUCAUGGCAUUAUCAUGAGUGUCAAAGACAACUACAUGUACCCUGUACCACAGGGACAUCUAAUAAACAAGUGCAAUCAUCAUCAUUGUUGUCGCCAUCAUUUGUAUGUUCAUCUACACGGGAGAUAUUAUUGAGGAGAAGCUUAUCAUCGUGUCGGUCUCGAGAAGGCCUGAGUUUGUCGUCAAACCAGCCUCGACGGAGUCCAUUCUGCAACCAUCUAUCGCGUGCAUUCAGUCACUCAAUGAGAAGGGAAGGUAGUGGUUGGCAGUGCAUCCCCAGGGCACUGUCAACGAGAGGACUUCAAACAUGUGGUGGCGCCCUCUUUGCUGGUCAUAAUAAAUGGUCAAAGGUCAAACACAUCAAGGGUCCAAAGGAUUUGGAGAAGAGCAGACUUUUUACCAGGAUAGGUAUCCAGCUCAAGGUUGCAGUUAAAGAAGGAGGUCCCAAUCCAGAAACCAACACAUCUCUAGCCGCUCUAAUCGCUUUAGCCAAGUCAAAGUCCAUGCCAAAAGCUACCAUUGACAGCAUGAUCAAGAAAGCUAGCACUAGUAAACAAGGAGACUCUCAACAGGUUUUUGAGGUGAGGGGACCCGCAAACUCAUCACUUCUUGUCACAGUCUUGACAGACAACGCAAAGAGAACAAGAGUAGAGUUAGCUCAACUUGCCAGCAAAAAUGGGGGUGUCUUUGGAGAGCAAGGCACAGCCAUGUUUGCGUUCGAGAAGAAAGGCGUUGUUCGGGUGCCUUGCGAACCUGAUGACCAGCCGUCGAUGAGUCUUGACGAAGCAGAGGAAGCGGCCAUAGACAGUGGAGCAGAAGAAGUAGCAGAUGGAACGGAUGAAGAUGGUCAAAAUGUGUUUAUGUUCAUCUGUGACCCGUCAGACCUUCGGUCAGUCAGAGAUGGCCUUGCUGGACGAUCACUACCUAUCCAAUCUUCUGGACUAGAGUAUGUUCCUCAAACCACCAUAGCCCUUGGGGACUCUGAUCUUGAAUCAGUAGCUGCACUCAUAAAUGCCUUUGAAAGUCAUGAACAGGUCAUCAAAGUGUUUGACAAUGUCGUCAGCAAGGAUUAGAAUCUUCUGAAGUAAGAAAAAACUUCUCAGGGGUGCAAGCCUUGACGUGGUACCAUGACUCAUCGGUGCCAUUAAAAACCAUGAAUAAGGCAUCAGAUUAUUUGAGAAUGUUGGCAGCAAGAAUUAAAGUAGUUCUUCUAAGCUGCCAAAGCCCUGGAUGACUCAGGUCUUGAAGCAGUUACUACACUCAGACAUGUUUUCCGAAAGCCAUGAACAGGUCGUUAAUGUGUUUGAUAAGGUCACCAUCAAUUACAUGUAUCUACUCAAACACCCUAGCCCUCCUUGAUGUGGUAGCAACUAUCAUCAAUGCCAUUCAAAACUAUGAACAGGUCAGCAAGUGUUUGAGAAUGUCAUCAGCAAGGAUUAGAAUGCGUCUUCUAAACCACCUAAGACGUCAAGGGCACUAGCGUACCAACAAGGGGGGGGGACAACCCUUGCAAAGGAUGUAUCCCUGCCCCCCUCCCCUUGACAAGCUUGAAAG